UCCCAGCCGCUACUUCCGCCAGGAGUCCCCAGCGGCUCGGUGUUGGAAACUGGCCUUAAAGCGGCCUCCUCUUUCUCCCUUCAGCCUGCCCAGCCGAGGCCGGGUCCCCAGGUGGCGGCGGCGGCUGCUGGGCCUGUCGCGGAGCUUUCUUUUCGCUCGAGACCUGCGCCUGGGGGCACCCGGAGUUCGAGAGAGACGCCCCGGCCUGCUCCAGCCCCAGCCCUCCUCUUCCCGCGGCCAGUGACUGUGACCGCAGGCCUCGCCGCGCCCACCCGAGCCUAGGGCGGGGCCCGGUCUCCCCGCCCCGUCCCCACCCCUCCAGCCUGCCGGGGGCCCGGUCAUCCUCCUCCCGAGCCCUGCGGCGCUGUGACCGCCUCGGACCUCCGGGACCCGGGGAGUCCCGUGGCUCCGGCCGCGGGGAAACAUGGAGUUUGCGGAGCUAAUUAAGACCCCGCGGGUGGACAAUGUGGUGCUGCACCGGCCUUUCUAUCCCGCCGUCGAAGGGACGUUGUGUCUGACUGGUCACCACCUGAUCCUGUCCUCCCGGCAGGACAACACGGAGGAGCUGUGGCUCCUCCAUUCAAACAUCGACGCCAUUGACAAGCGAUUUGUGGGACCACUGGGUACCAUCAUCAUAAAAUGUAAAGAUUUUCGAAUAAUUCAGUUGGAUAUUCCUGGAAUGGAAGAAUGUUUGAAUAUAGCCAGUUCCAUUGAGGCAUUGUCUACGCUGGACUCUAUCACUCUGAUGUACCCUUUCUUUUAUCGGCCCAUGUUUGAAGUGAUGGAAGAUGGCUGGCAUUCUUUCCUUCCUGAGCAAGAGUUUGAACUCUACUCUUCUGCUACCAGUGAAUGGAGGUUAAGCUAUGUCAAUAAGGAAUUUGCUGUCUGCCCUUCUUACCCACCAAUUGUCAUAGUUCCCAAAUCCAUUGAUGAUGAAGCUCUUCGAAAGGUAGCUGCAUUUCGACAUGGAGGACGCUUCCCAGUACUCAGCUAUUACCAUAAAAAAAAUGGAAUGGUAAUCAUGCGAAGUGGUCAGCCACUCACUGGCACAAAUGGGAGAAGGUGCAAAGAAGAUGAAAAGCUGAUAAAUGCUACCCUCAGAGCAGGAAAACGAGGCUACAUCAUUGACACCCGCUCUUUAAAUGUCGCUCAGCAAGCUAGAGCCAAAGGUGGCGGCUUUGAACAAGAAGCUCAUUAUCCCCAGUGGAGGCGGAUUCAUAAGUCUAUUGAGAGGUAUCACAUUCUUCAGGAGAGCUUAAUUAAACUUGUAGAAGCUUGUAAUGACCAAACACAUAACAUGGACCGAUGGCUCGGUAGAUUGGAGGCUUCGAACUGGCUGACUCACAUCAAAGAGAUUCUUACAACUGCUUGUCUAGCAGCUCAGUGUAUCGACAGGGAAGGGGCAUCCAUAUUGAUUCAUGGAACAGAAGGAACUGAUUCCACACUUCAGGUUACCUCCCUGGCCCAGAUCAUCUUAGAACCCAGAAGCAGGACCAUCCGUGGUUUUGAGGCCCUGAUAGAAAGAGAGUGGCUGCAGGCUGGCCACCCGUUCCAACAGCGCUGUGCACAGUCAGCCUAUUGUAAUAGUAAGCAGAAGUGGGAGUCACCUGUAUUUCUUCUCUUCUUGGAUUGUGUGUGGCAGAUACUUCGUCAGUUUCCUUGCUCUUUUGAAUUUAAUGAGAAUUUCCUCAUCAUGCUCUUUGAGCAUGCAUAUGCCUCACAGUUUGGAACAUUUCUGGGCAACAAUGAAAGUGAAAGAUGUAAGUUGAAGCUGCAGCAGAAAACGAUGUCUCUGUGGUCUUGGGUCAAUCGGCCUGGUGAACUGAGUAAGUUCACCAAUCCUCUCUUUGAAGCCAACAAUCUUGUCAUCUGGCCUUCAGUUGCUCCACAGAGUCUUCAGCUAUGGGAAGGAAUUUUCCUACGUUGGAACAGAUCCUCCAAGUAUUUGGAUGAAGCAUAUGAAGAAAUGGUUAACAUCAUUGAAUAUAACAAGGAAUUACAGGCAAAAGUAAAUGUACUUAGGAGGCAGUUGGCAGAACUGGAAACUGAGGAUGGAAUGCAGGAGAGUCCCUGAAAAGUCUCCCCACAACCUGCAUAAAUAAGGACCUUCCAGGACCUGAAUCCCACCUCUCUCUCCCUUGGCCCUUCAGUUCACUUUUGCACCGUGAACUGAAUGAAGCCUUGAACGUAAGGCUUUAGAUGUGAGAACCCUCUAAUAUAGUGGAUUUCUCAAUACUUUAUGAAUGAAACUUACUGUAGUUACUCAUGAUUCAUGUGGCCUAUUAGGCCUCUCUACUUUGGGAGCAGAAAGGAGGUGCUAGUCAUUUUAUUUUAUGUGAAACAGGUGACCUAUUUAAUGCCAUUUGUGUUAUAUGCCAUUUAAUCCUAAAAUUUUUUCUGUGUCUACUUUCCAAACAGUGCUCCAGACCAGUCAAGGAUAUGAUUAAUCUCUUUAGGGAAUAUCUGUUAGUUUUAAAAAAGCUCAGACUUUUAAACACUCCAAAUACAGAAAUAUUUUUCAAAACUGAAAUGGUUGAUAAACCAAGAAUUUUGUGAUUAACAUGCUAUUUCCAACACCUGUGCCCUUCUCUUUAAAAUAGCUUUGGAUUAACAAAGCUGAAUUCAUUCUCAUUCUGGUUUGUCAAGAAAGGAAAAUCUGAGUAUUUAUUCAAGGUAAAUAUUUUUACAAGGAUUAUAGUAUAAUCCUCUGAUAUUUACAUUAAGAAGUAAAUUUUAACAGUAGACAGUAAAAGUAUGUGCAAUAUAGAAAUAAAGUAGGUCUUUGUUACUGAUACAGUAUCGUUACUAUUGAAUUGGUUUUUCAGGUUUUUCACCAUACAUAUUAAAUGCGAUCAAAUGCUGGAUAUCCCAUUAAACCAUCAUUUAGGAUAGAUGUUAGUUUGUUAUAAUUAAGCUACAAAUACGGUUUCCUUAAACCAGAAAUGCACUGCCCUUGUCCGAAGUUCUUACUGCACUGUUUCAUGUAUCUAUAUGUGUUAAGUUUUAUUAAGUUAUGUGUUAUUUUUAAGUAUUCAAAGAGUUUACUGAUACUAAGCUUAAGCCUUUCAUGUUGGCCUGAGCCUUUUGAAAAUUUAUCUCGACUCUGCUGAUUUGUUCAUUAAAUGUUAGGCAAAUCUAAUUAAAGUAGAGGUGAAAGUUUAUGAACAUGACACAGCUAUGUUUUAAACUGCAGAAACAGAUUGAAAUGUUUCAAUGUUAUGACCGUAUUUAUGCUAUGCUAGUUUAUGCCUGCUACGCUGAAAGUCUGUGGUUCAGUGCUUUCUAUAUACAUUUCUGUUUUGUGGCACUGUUCAUUUUAAUAAAUACUAUCAAUUUUAGUUUUCUAUUAAAAGGAUAGUCGAAGAGUAAAUGUUUAAUACCAUUUCCACCCCAUCUGUUUAUAGCCAUUUCAGUAUAAAGCAUACCAGAACUGAACCCUGCUUUAGAGCUAUAUAUUGAGCUAAAAAUAUAAUUCAAAAGAUAUCUAGUUUAGCAUAAUCUAUGGCCACAUUCAGACACCUUAGAAAAUAGCAAAUACUUUCCUUCUCCAGUUGCCCAGGCUUCAUCUUGUUUUCUUGGACUGGUAGCAAAAGGCUUGGACAAC